AUGCGCAAGGGCCGCUCAUCUUCCUCGCCUUCCAAGCCGACCCAAGACGACAUGUCCGCCUGGCGCGCCCUCCCUACCGGUGUUGCGUUGCGCGUUCGCGCAACGCCACGUUCCAGCACAAACGCUGUGCGCGGUCUCGUCGAUCUCCCGGGGGAAGGCACGGCUGUGAGCGUCGCGACGACCGCGCCGCCAGCCGACGGAGCUGCGAACAAGAACAUCACUGCGAUUCUAGCCAAGGCUCUCGGAGUGCCCAAGAGUGCAGUACGUGUUGUAGCUGGUGCAACAGGCCGGUUGAAGCGUGUUGAGGUCGACGGUGACGCCGCAGCACUGGCCGCCAAACUCGAGGAUCUGUGCCGCUAG